UCCCUACACCCCAACCCUCACCCCCAAAUAAUCCCUACACCCCAACCCUCACCCCCAAAUAAUCCCUACACCCCAACCCUCACCCCCAAAUAAUCCCUACACCCCAACCCUCACCCCCAAAUAAUCCCUACACCCCAACCCUCACCCCCAAAUAAUCCCUACACCCCAACCCUCACCCCCAAAUAAUCCCUACACCCCAACCCUCACCCCCAAAUAAUCCCUACACCCCAACCCUCACACCCAAAUAAUCCCUACACCCCAACCCUCACACCCAAAUUCCUGACCCCCUAACCCCUACCACUCAACCCAUACAGCCUAAUCCCAACACCCAAUCCUCUGUCUCCCAUAUCCUCACCCUGUUCUUUUGGUUCUCCUCCUCUCUAAAUUACCAAGCAGGUACCAUCAUGUUCUAUGGGUCGUCUGGGGCCUCUAUGUCUCUUCCAUCUAAGAGUCGUCUCAAACGGCAGAGUAGAACCUUCACACAGGUUCUAUACCGCACUCUGAGUUACCGGGACCGUCCCCUGGCUGACCACACCUCUCGGGACCGCCGCUCCAUCACGGAACCCCCCGACCACCAUCCCCAUGACGAUCCCGCUGAACUCUCCACCCAGAGCUCCGCCCCCGGGGUCCUGAAGAUCUUUGGGGAUGAGAUUUGUGAGGGUGCCAACUACAAGUCUGUUCUGGCCACGCCCCGAUCCAGUGCGCAGGAACUGGUCAAAGAGGCCCUGGAACGCUAUUCGCUGAACAAAGCCGCCGCCCACUCCUAUGUGCUCUGCGAUGUGAUAGGUCGGCUGGAAGGAGAUGGCGGUUGGCGGACUGAGUGUUUGCGUGCGAUGGGCGACAACGAGAAGCCGCUGCUGCUACAGGAACUAUGGAAGCCUAGAGAGGGACAUGCCAGGAGGUUUGAGCUGCGCAGGAGGGUGGAGGUAGAGGAGCUCAAUGCUAAAGAGAAGGACACUGUCACUGCUGGGACCAAAACACCCCCUUUCCUGGCCGCCCUAAUGGUCCGGUCCGGUCUAGGUAGGAUCAUCUCCUCCCCCCUGCGCUCCGGCCGGGUGGCGCAGCCCAACACCCCUGGCUCUAAAGAUAUUAAUGCCCAGGCCCGUAAGUUGCAGAGAAACAGAGCCAAAGGAACUCUGACCUUACCGCGACCCGGGACCACGUUCAGCCGCUCCCUCAGUGAGACCAGUCUCAACCAGCUGGGGGGUGCAGACGAGCCCAAACGUUACUACUCCACCCUGCCUGGACCCUUGAGGACAAGGGGGGGACAGGGAGGGGCCACGACCCGCAGAAAGGAGGGCGAUGGGGGAGUAGUGGGGGGAGGAGGCGUGAGACACUCGCUCUACCAGUCUCCUCACCUGUUACUGCUACAGGGGUACAACAGACAGGACUGCCUGGUCUACCUCCUGAACAGGGAACAACACACGGUUGGCCAGGAGACUCCAUCGGCGCGUCCCAAUAUCUGCCUGUCUUCCCCUGAUAUCCUGCCGCUUCACUGUCGCCUCCACCGCGUUCCCGCUACCCGGCGCCACUGCAACGCCCCCAACAACAGCACAGCUGGCGUCAACGGGGACGAGCGGUUCUGUGUGGCUGUGGAGCCCGUCCCCCACGCUACGGUCUUGGUCAACUUCUCCCGGUGUGAGCGUUCCACCCAGCUUCGCCAUGGUGAUCUGCUGUCUUUCGGAUCUCACUACAUCUUCCUAUAUAAGGACCCGACCGGCGCCAGGCCCCUCCCGGCCCAGACGCUGGCACGCCUCCGGACCCUGGGACAGCUGUACGAGGGGGGCGCGGAGGCAGAGGGUGGGGGCGAGGGCAAAGGGGCACCGGCCUGUAAGUUGUGUGGCUCUGUGUUAAGGGACAAGGGGGCGCUGUCGUCCCAAACCGGACCCCCAGCCAGAAGGAGCUUCAAACCCCACCUGGUGAAACCUCGAGGAGUGGGUGUGGGGGGCACAGGAGGGGUUCCCACCAUUCUGGGGGGGGCGAACCAGAAGAGACGCCUUCAGCUGGACUUUGAACAGGCCCAUGAGGAUGCCCUGGUGAGUCGGAUCAUGUCGCUGAUUGAGCCGGGGGGUGACGACCAUAAGUUAACCCCCGCCUACCUGCUGUGUCUCAGCAUCCAGCACUCAGCCUCAGCCUUCCCUCCCGGUUGCUUUGGCACGUUGCUGCUGAAGAUUGUACGACGCAUCCAGGCCCUUUCCUGGGAGAAGACAAAGGAGUUGGCCCAGAAACAAGCUCAGCACCAGGACCCUGCCUCUCUGUCUCUCCUGUCCAUCAGUGACCUGAUCCCAGACCUGCAGGUUAUAUUCUUCUGGAUGGCCAACAGCAUUGAGAUCCUCUACUUCAUACAACAGAAAGCCCCUUCUUACACACAAGGCAUCGAGACACUUGACUCUAAAGGUUCCAAAGAGUCAUUGCUAUCGGCAACCAUCUCAGCCAAUGAGGAGGCUAUGACCAUCCUGGAGGAAGUGAUCAUGUACACCUUUCAGCAGUGUGUAUACUACAUCACCAAGUCCUUGUAUGUGGUUCUGCCUGGCCUGCUAGACUGUAAUCCAUUCCCAGUGGACAGCUCUGAGCCCUGCUGGAGAGGAGGAACAGGGUUCCCCGAGCCUAUACGCAGAGUCCUGCAGGUCUUCCAGUGCAGUCAGGAGCUUCUGCAGGGGUACCAGGUCCACAUGGAGGUCCAGGCCCAGAUGUUUGCCUACCUCUUCUUUUUCACCAAUGUUUCACUUUUCAAUCAGCUCAUGGACAAAGGUCCAUUGCGGGGGUGGUUCCAGCGUUCUAAGAUUCUCCAGGUGCAGGCGUGUCUACGGAUGGUUCUAGAGUGGGCCAGGAAGGCGGGCCUCAGCCACUUAGCCGACAAGUUCUUCAGCAAAUUCAACAGUGCUGUCAGCAUCCUGGCCACGCCCCCUCAAAUUCUGACACAGAUGAGCUGGAAGGUGUUGUGUAUGGAGCACCCCAGCCUCAAGCCGGUCCAGCUCCACAGACUGCUGACUCAGUACCAGCAGACGGCUGAGAUGGGACCGGUUCCUAUCUGGCAGCCAAGCACGGAGGAUGAGCCUUACAUUUACAGGACAGUGGAUCUGUUGGAGAGUUUUGAGAACCACCCCCCCAUCGUGCUGCCAAGCGGGGGUUUCAGAGUGGACCUGGACAGCGACUGUGUUGAGGACAGCAUCUACAGACAGCUACUCUACAUCAGACACUUCCUCUGGGGGUUACGUACCAAGACACACACACACCCCACUGCUAACAACACACACACUCACACACACCCCACUGCUAACAACACACACACUCACACACACCCCACUGCUAACAACACACACACUCACACACAUCCCACUGUUAAUCACACACACACUCACACGUCGGUUAACGGUACAACCACCACCAGUACAGGGACCAGUACCGCCCCUGCAGAUUGGAAAGAAACACAGGGGGAGUGUCCCACUUCCCUCAGCAGUCCCCGGUCAGGAGGGGGUGAAUUGGUGGAGGAGAGGGGGAGGGAUGGACCUCUGGACCAAUCACAUAGCAGUAUGAGGAGGAACGGCACCGCCCACCACCCCUGGCCACCCAACCAGGACCCUUCGUGUCUCCUGACCCCACCCAACACGCCUCUGUACCCUGAAGUCACGCCCCAGGUCAACGGGAACAGCAGAGCGCCAACGGAAGGAAAGAAAAGCAAUGGCAUCAUGGCCAACGGACUGGAGGGUAGUGUGUCUGAGUUUCCCUUGCCUGUGUCUCUGGGUCCUCUGUCCCGUGAUGAUGACUGUUGUGGUCUGGUCUUCAUAGUGGAACUGGACAAGGGGCCGUAUGGACUGGGCAUGGGCCUGAUUGACGGGCUGCACACCCCUCUCAACGCUGCAGGAAUCUACAUCAGGACUCUGAUCCCAGAAGGCCCGGCGGCGUCAGAUGGAAGGUUGAGGAUUGGAGACAGGAUCCUGGCUGUCAAUGGGACCAGCCUGAUAGGGGCUGACUAUCAGAGUGCUGUAGAUCUGAUCCGUUUGGGUGGAGGGCGUCUGCGUUUCCUGGUGGCCAAGUCAGACCUGGAGGUCACAGAGAAGAUCAGCGCCUCGUCCUGCUAACUGGAUUCUGCCCUCAGGACCACCAAGAGAAGGAGGGGACUGGAACAAGGGGGAGGGAGGGGAGACAAAGGAGUGGAAGGGAAAAGAGAGGGGGAGAUGACAUCUAUCAGGGAGGGAGAGGACAGAAGAGGGACAGCAUGGAGAGCAGAUGAAGGGAGAUGAUGAAGACACCAGGAAUAGAUUUUGGAAUAAGAAACUCCUGGGAACAAACACAGACACCUCUGAUCUGAAAUCAGAUAUUAGUGAGGACACACAUAGAUAGACAAAGAUUAUUGGGAAAAAUUAAUCCCCAAAAAACGUCAUCAAGCACAAAUCGUCAGCAGAAUUCAAGAGUGGAUCAAGAGUGGAUCAAGAGUGGAUCAGGAGUGGAUCAAGAGUGGAUCAAGAGUGGAUCAGGAGUGGAUCAAGAGUGGAUCAAGAGUGGAUCAGGAGUGGAUCAAGAGUGGAUCAAGAGUGGAUCAGGAGUGGAUCAAGAGUGGAUCAGGAGUGGAUCAAGAGUGGAUCAAGAGUGGAUCAGGAGUGGAUCAGGAGUGGAUCAGGAGUGGAUCAGGAGUGGAUCAGGACUCAGCAGAUGUUAAAAAAACACUUCCUGAUGUCCUUUGCUGCACUAUUACAAUGGCUGUACAUUCCUGCCUGGAUUGGAGGAGAGACCAUGUAUGCCCGCCUCCUUACUUGGAGACACCCAUUACUUUGUAUGACUUUUGACCAAUCACAUGCAGAUGUCAUUAACAGUCAAACCAAUCCGUGUCCAGGGUUAACCCACACCGGCUGGGAUGGUCUCAAGCACAGUCAUCAGCGUAUAUGAAAUGUAGGGGCCUCCUGGGGACAUGUUAGCAUCGGUGGCACAGCUGAGGACCCUCAACAUUUAGAAGUAGUCAGCUAGGAGAGCCUUCCUGUGUGUUGAGUGUAACAGGAUUGUAUUCAGAUCGUCUGGAGGGAUCAGCAAAUGAAACUCCUGAGCAAACAGAUCAUAACCGUGGACGUCAGUAACUCAUCAACCUUGACCUGAUACCUGUUUAUACAGUAGGCAACUCAUGUUAGGACAUUAAAACCACUUCUGAAUACAGAUGGCCUCAUAUGAGCUGCUUCUGCAGUCAGCCACCUUGAACAGCUACAACUGUGAGUUCUCUACAUAAUCUAAGACAAAUUAACCUACAAGGUCUGUAAAUCCUCUAUUACUGUUCAGUCUACGAGGUCCCUACAUCCUAUAUGACAAUUCAACCUAUGAGGUCUCUAAAUUCUCUAUAACAGUUCAACCUAUGAGGUCUCUACAUCCUCUAACUCAACCUAUGAGGUCUCUAUAUCCUCUGUCAUCUCAACCUACGAGGUAUCUACAACCACUAUAACAACUCAACCUACGAGGUCCGUACAUCCACUAUAACAACUCAACCUACAAGGUCUCUACAUACUCUCUGACAACUCAAACUAUGAGGUCUCUAAAUCCUCCAUAACAGUUCAACCUACGAGGUCUCUACAUCCUCUAUAAUAACUCAGCCUACGAGGUCUCUACAUCCUCAGUAAUAACUCAACCUAUAAGGUCCCUACAUCCAAACUCAACCUACGAGGUCUCUACAUGCUCUAUGACAACUCAACCUAUGAGGUCUCUAAAUCCUCUAUAACAGUUCAACCUACAAGGUCUCUAAAUCCUCUAUAACAGUUCAACCUACGAGGUCUCUAAAUCCUCUAUAACAGUUCAACCUACGAGGUCUCUAAACCCUCUAUAAAAUUCAACCUACGAGGUCUCUAUAUCCUCUAUAACAACUCAACCUACGAGGUCUCUACAUCCUCUAAAAUAACUCAACCUACGAGGUCUCUACAACAACUCAACCUACGAGGUCUCUACAUCCACUAUAACAACUCAACCUACGAGGUCUCUAAAUCCUCUAUAACAGUUCAACCUACGAGGUCUCUAAAUCCUCUAUAAAAUUCAACCUACGAAGUCUCUAUAUCCUCUAUAACAACUCAACCUACGAGGUCUCUACAUCCUCUAAAAUAACUCAACCUACGAGGUCUCUACAUCCUCUAUAAAAUUCAACCUACGAGGUCUCUAUAUCCUCUAUAACAACUCAACCUACGAGGUCUCUACAUCCUCUAAAAUAACUCAACCUACGAGGUCUCUACAACUCAACCUACGAGGUCUCUACAUCCACUAUAACAACUCAACCUACGAGGUCUCUACAUCCUCUAAAAUAACUCAACCUACGAGGUCUCUACAUCCUCUAUAAAAUUCAACCUACGAGGUCUCUAUAUCCUCUAUAACAACUCAACCUACGAGGUCUCUACAUCCUCUAAAAUAACUCAACCUACGAGGUCUCUACAACUCAACCUACGAGGUCUCUACAUCCACUAUAACAACUCAACCUACAAGGUCUCUAAAUCCUCUAUAACAGUUCAACCUACGAGGUCUCUAAAUCCUCUAUAAAAUUCAACCUACGAAGUCUCUAUAUCCUCUAUAACAACUCAACCUACGAGGUCUCUA